CCCCCCCCCCAGCCCACCCCUUCCACUGAGCUUUUUAAAGCGAUCACACCGUUUGCUCAGACUCGGUGGAAGCCAGGCUUGGGCUUGUUGCGGGGACUUGAGUCUUUCCUUCCUGCUCCCUUCCCUGGCUGGCAUCCUUCCAGGCAUGGCACUGACCAGCCCACCCAGUGCUCACCUGGCUCCGGGGCUCUUCCAGCCUCUGCGGGCAGCUUGCUUCCCUCCACCUGGGGCUCGGUGGUGAGUCUGGGGGCCCAGCCCUGAGGGUGGCUAGAGAGUGUGGUGGCACCCCAACAUCCUCUGCACCCAAGCUGGAGGACGGGGUGGUUGUCGGGGGCUACGAUGAGAUGAGCGGGGGCCGCUUUGACUUUGAUGAUGGCGGGGCCUACUGCGGGGGCUGGGAGGCGGGCAAGGCCCACGGGCAUGGCCUGUGCACCGGCCCCAAGGGCCAGGGCGAGUACUCCGGCUCUUGGAACUUCGGCUUUGAAGUGGCCGGCGUCUACACCUGGCCCAGCGGAAACACCUUCGAGGGAUACUGGAGCCAGGGCAAACGGCAUGGACUGGGCAUAGAGACCAAGGGGCGCUGGCUCUACAAGGGCGAGUGGACACACGGCUUCAAGGGACGCUACGGCACGCGGCAGAGUACCAGCAGCGGUGCCAAGUACGAGGGCACUUGGAACAAUGGCCUGCAGGACGGCUAUGGCACCGAGACCUACGCUGACGGAGGAACGUACCAAGGCCAGUUCACCAAUGGCAUGCGCCACGGCUACGGGGUGCGCCAGAGCGUGCCCUACGGGAUGGCCGUGGUGGUGCGCUCGCCGCUGCGCACGUCGCUGUCGUCUCUGCGCAGCGAGCACAGCAACGGCACGGUGGCCCCGGACUCGCCCACUUCGCCCGCCUCCGACGGCGCACGGGCGCCCAAGGGCGGCCUGUUCCAGCGGGGCGCGCUGCUGGGCAAGCUGCGGCGCUCCGAGUCGCGCUCGUCCCUGGGCAGCCAGCGUAGCCGCGUCAGCUUCCUCAAGAGCGACCUCAGCUCCGGCGCCAGCGACGCCGCCUCCACCGCCAGCCUGGGCGAGGGCGCCGAGGGCGCCGACGAGGCCGCGCCCUUCGAGGCCGACAUCGACGCCACCACCACGGAGACCUACAUGGGCGAGUGGAAGAACGACAAGCGCUCGGGCUUCGGCGUGAGCGAGCGCCCCAGCGGCCUCCGCUACGAGGGCGAGUGGCUGGACAACCUGCGCCACGGCUACGGCUGUACCACGCUGCCCGAUGGCCACCGCGAGGAGGGCAAGUACCGCCACAACGUGCUGGUCAAGGGCACCAAGCGCCGCGUGCUGCAGCUCAAGAGCAGCAAGGUCCGCCAGAAGGUGGAGCACAGCGUGGAGGGCGCCCAGCGCGCAGCCGCCAUAGCGCGCCAAAAGGCCGAGAUCGCCGCCUCCAGGACAAGCCACGCCAAAGCCAAAGCUGAGGCAGCAGAACAGGCCGCGCUGGCCGCCAACCACGAGUCCAGCAUUGCCCGCACUUUGGCCAGGGAGCUGGCUCCGGACUUCUACCAGCCAGGUCCGGAAUACCAGAAGCGCCGGCUGCUCCAGGCGAUCCUGGAGAACCCCGAGACCUACGCGGUGCGCACAGGACCGCCCGAGCCUCCGCCCUUCGAGGACGAGCCCGAGGCCGAGGUUUCCGGCUCCGACUCUGCACCCUCGUCCCCGGCCACCGCCCUGGUGCAGGCCCCUGUGCUCCGAGGCCCCGAACCCGCACCGGAGAGCCCCAUCAAGCUGGAGGCCAAGCCCAUCAUCCCCAAAGCUGAGCCCAAGGCCAAGGCACGCAAGACUGAGGCCCGAGGGCUGACCAAGGCCAAGAAGAAGGCGAAGAAGGAGGCCGCGCUGGCGGCAGAGGUGGAAGUGGAGGUGGAAGAGGUGCCCAACACCGUCCUCAUCUGGCUGAACAUCGGCCUGGCCAUCCUCUUCGUCCACCUCUUGACCUGACCUCGUCUACCAGAGUGGAGCUUCACUGAAGACAAGAGAACCCAUCUUUUUGCAGUGCCAGGCAGGGGGCCACAGAGGACUGGACCCUGGAUCCUGGGUCCAGCUCGUGUUCACACCGCGGAUGUUUCCGGAGGCCUCCCUGGGUGCCUGCACUGGGUGGCGCGGGUGCCAGAGGAACUGACUGUGCUAGGAGUCUGCAGGAGCUCUCUGUCCGGGACCAGGAAAGCCCCAGGGGAGCCCUGGUCCUCUGCGUGUCCAACAUGCCCCUGUCCCUCCCCUCAUCCACUCCCAGCCUUGCGCCUAGUCACCCCCUCCCUGGGCUUUGUGUGUUUUGGGAGAAGUCGCCUAACCAGGACAUUAAUAUUAAAUGCCAUCUUCUUUCC